AUGAGCGAGGCGGCCGGGGAUCUGCCAGAGCCCUGGCUGCCGCCGCCUACCAACGGCGAGCCACUGCGGCUGCCGCCGGUCUCGACGCUCAUGCAGCAGGCCAAGGACCAGUGCUGGGUGGCGCCUCCUCAGCCGCACGAUCUGUUGCUGCUCUCGUCGGAGGAGUCGUCCACCAGCGCCGCGCCCAGCCCUCGGCCCUUCCAGUGCACCGUGUGCGGCAAGCAGCUGGCCUCGCGCAACGUGCACCAGCUGCACAUGCGCUCGCACUCGGGCGAGAAGCCGUUCGGGUGUGCGCUGUGCGGCCACCGGUUCUCUCAGAAGACGUCCCUGACGCGCCACAUGCGCUCCCACACGGGCGAGCGGCCUUUCCCGUGCGAGGUGUGCGGCAAGCGGUUCGCCGACAAGGAGCGCAUCAAGAUCCACAUGCGCACGCACACGGGCGAGAAGCCGUUCGGCUGCCACGUGUGCGGCAAGGCGUUCUCGCAAAAGUCCACCGUCAAGCGGCACAUGAGCGUGCACACGGGAGAGAAGCCCUUCGGAUGCCCCGUCUGCGGCAAGGGCUUCGCCAACCGCGGCAAUCUCAACGCCCACGCCAAGACGCACCACCAGAGCUGA